AUGGACUGUACCCGUGCCGAGACUGCAGGUAUUAAUCUAGUGCCAAGUAUUUUCGAUUAUUCAAAUCAGCAUUCCGCGCCUUGCGGCUCAUCGUCGAACGUUCAGCCGUCGCAACAGAGCCGCUUUUCGACUUCGUGCAAAGGGGAGACGAAUGGUUUCAAGUACGUCGUAGCUUUCGACUCUAGCAUGGAUAAUGUUUACGGCAGCCACGGUGGCGAUUCGCUUCCUUUGAAUCCGAAAUUAAACGAUAUGCAGUGGUCAUCUUCUGUCCCGUCGAAUUCGUCACCGCUUUCGACUGGCCCUGUGCCAUUAUCGUUUACCACGUCAAACAGUUGCUUAUAUUCGUCACCGUUGCCAGCAGACAUCGCCUGCGGCGUCUUAGUCGAUUCGCGACGACUGUUGCCCAAAAGUGACAUCGCAAGGUACAGCAGGAACAGCUCAUUGAGAGCGCAGGCAGCGAAUAACCGUAAAUUCAAGCCUCCAAGCGCGGCUGAACUGCGUCGACGACGAAUCGCAGCCAACGAGCGUGAACGCAAGCGAAUGGACAGUCUGAAUUUUGCCUUCGACCAGCUGCGGGAUGUUCUUCCGUCUGUGGAGGCGGGAAAAAAUUUGUCAAAGAUUGAAACAUUGCUUAUGGCCCAGGAGUACAUCAGAGUGUUGCAGGAGCUUGUCAAAAAUGACAAAGUCUAA